CUUCUCCCUCAGCGACGGCCCCCCCGGGCCGUUCAGCGGCAGCGGCGUCCCCUACCUUUACCUGACCGACAUGGAGAUCUCCGUGCAGGACCUGGAGAUCAAUUCAAACGCCUCCUUAACUGUGUCUUUGGCACAGACUCCUUACUGCAAGAAGCACAGAUACGAUCCCCAGAAUCCCCUUUGCGCCCACAUAAUCUUCUGUGGGAGUAUUGUAAAGGUGAAUGAUUCAGAAGCAGGCUUAGCAAAAAAAGCAUUAUUCAGUCGCCACCCUGAAAUGGAAAGUUGGCCUAAGGAUCAUAAUUGGUUCUUCGCCAAAUUCAACAUAACCAAUAUUUGGGUGCUGGACUACUUUGGUGGAUUAAAAAUUGUGACACCAGAAGAAUAUUACAGCGUCAAGCCUUAGUGGAAGAAGAUCCUUGGUGAUGCUGAUAUACGAGUAAAUUACUUUGGCUGAUACACAAAUGAAUUACCUUGGCUGUUUCAUGAAAGAUUUUUUUCUAUGUGUUGUAGAGCUUAAUUAAUAAUGCAAAAAAUCAAACACCUUGCAUUGUUAAUGAGCUUGUAUAACCCUUCUGAAGCAAGUGUAAAUUCUCACUAACUAGUACAACUUGAAUCAUGUUAAUCAUGUUAUACUCAAACACUUUUGUGCAUGAGCCAUAACUAAAUUUUAUUCAUCAGAUGUGAUUCUGGAAAGAUGUCUGUCUGUCUGACAGUGCAUUCAGAAAUGCUGUGUUUAGAACUGGACUAAUCUUUCCAUUUUCAGUAUACUUUUCAGUGCCUUAGUUAAAUAAUAUCUGUUUGUGAGCACUCUCCUAUUUUAUUUUAUUUUUUAAAAUUUUAUUUUUAAUACCAGUUUAGUUUAGAACUUUAUGGCAGAGUAUUACAGGAUGGCUCAGCUGACCGUGGAAUGGAAAGCAUUGCUUGUAUUACAAUGGCAAAUGGUACGCUGAGUUCCCAGAUUCUGUUCUUUGCACGCUAAUACACUCACUUGUUUGAGCCAUUACGAUUGUGUUUAUGCAAGCUGUACUUAUACCUCAUGAGAAGUUCUUGGUAACUCUUCAGCUGGCAGUGGUUAUAUGCCCCAAGUCUUUAAUAGAAGCAGUGUGGCAAUACCUCAAGUAUCUGACUUUAGUAUAAGAAGAGUAGUGGCUUGUAGGUUUAAUGAGAAUGUUGUAAAGGGUAAAUGUUUUCUGGUUAGGUUUCUUAAAUCAUCAGCUUUGUUAGUCUGAUCAAAUGACAGUGUAUCAGCUUUUAUUACCAUCAACAGUAGAAAUGAGCAGACUUUUGGUUCGGAAGCCUUACACAGCAGUUUUGGGUUAGUAACCCAGAAGUGAGAAAAAAGCAAUACAGUAUGACACAGAUGAUUUAUGACUUAUAGACAAUAAAAAUUAAUGAAAGCUGUGCAUAAUUAAUUUUCUGUUAAAAUAAGCCAUACAGAAGUGCAAAAAAUAAAUUAACACCUUUUUACAUCCUCCCUCAUCUCUUGUGCUAAGCUCACAAAUACCCAAAAGCAAUUAUGAACAAUUAAGUUGAUUUUACAAUGAGCAAAUACUGCCUAGUUAAGAGUAAAGAAUGUGAGAAUUUAGACUUCUCAGAGACAGAUCCAUAUAUAGAACAGUGGAAUUAGUCAUAUCAAAUAAUUUCUACAUUUUAAUGUUGUUAUUAUAUCACUAAUUUUCUCAAAUCCUGUAAUUAUUUGUGAAAGUGUUUUUGAUGUAAUUUACUAAGUUUUCCUUCCCCACAAGGGGAAAAAAGGUACUUGUUACUGUAUGCAACCCAUUCUCUUCUACUACUUGAAAAUUAAUUUAAGAUCACAAAAACUUACAGUACGGAAAAAUUUAUACUGAAUGGGUAGCACUGAUAUUAAAUAUUAAAUUGGAAAAUAUUUUUAUAUGAGGCAUAAUAAUUGUGGAAACUCAGAUGAUCCUCUGAUGUGGACUUGAUCAUUACCAUGGGGACACCUGAAUGUGUUACAGGUCACUCCAUAACUUCUGAUGUGUGAGACUGAUGAUGCUGUGCUUCUGUUAAAAUAAAAAUAUUUUUUGACAA